AACCCCAUGUGUCUCACAUGCAUGCAGCCCUCCUACCAAUUCUGACUCACCUCUCUGCUCCUCUAUGUUUCAUCACUGCUCACAUCCGCAACCUCAUUUUCCUCAACGAAAUCCCUGAAUUCCCCCACCACAAACCAAGAACCCCAAUUUUUUCUGACAUGAUUGCAUACUAUCUAUCCAAGACCCACCAUCAACCUCGUAAAUUGUUCUGAUUACUUACGUACUUUCUUAACUUGUUCUAGUUUCUUCGGUACGAAUUUCCUCACCGCCAUUGACGUCUACUUAAUCACCACCAACACAAAAGCAAACUCUUUGGGUUAAUUGCACAGAAAGACAAAAUAGAAUGGUGGAUUUUCAUGGCGAAAUCGGGCCACCGAGUCCGACCAGCUCCGUGGAGUUGCAGGAUGUUAGCGAGGAUGAAGGAAUUAGCUACGAUGAUCUCAAGCAGCGGAUGUGGAAGGACCGCAUGCGCAUGCAGAAGCUUAAGGCCAAGCGCGACGUCGACGUGCCGCCGUCCGCGGCCAAGCUCGAGCAAUCGCGGCGGAAGAAAAUGUCCAGGGCCCAAGACGCAAUCCUGAAGUACAUGGUCAAGAUCAUGGAAGUUUGCAAUGCUCAGGGAUUCGUGUACGGCAUCGUGUCGGAGAAAGGGAAGCCGGUCACGGGCUCGUCGGAUAGUCUGCGGGAGUGGUGGAAAGAAAAGGUUAGAUUCGACCAGCACGCCCCGGCGGCCAUCGCUGCAUUCUUGCCCAAGAUUGUGGAAGAAGCCGCCGCCGCCGCCGCCGCAGACUUCGAGUUGGAUCCCACCUCGUAUAUGCAUUUGCUUGAAGAAUUGCAGGACACAACUCUGGGUUCCCUCCUUUCUGCCCUGAUGCAGCACUGUGUGCCCCCGCAGCGGCGGUUCCCGCUUGAGAGAGGGCUUCCGCCGCCGUGGUGGCCGAAAGGUAAUGAGCUCUGGUGGGGCGACCAAGGAUUGGCGCAUGAACACGGGCCGCCGCCGUACCGGAAGCCCCAUGAUCUGAAGAAGGCCUGGAAGGUCACUGUCCUGGCUGCAGUCAUCAAACACAUGGCCCCGAAUCUAAGCAGGAUGAGAAGGGUUGUGAGUCAGUCCAAGACUCUUCAGGACAAGAUGACUGCAAGAGACACAGCUACUUGGUCUAAGGUUGUGAAUCAAGAAGAAGUCCUUCUGAAGCUCACUGAGAAAGCACUCAGAAUUACAGAAGAGAACGAAGAUGAUCAACAGAAGACAGGAGGUCAAACUGAAUCAAAUUUGAUCGGCAGUGGUGAGAAGAGGAAGUGCAGCUUCGAUCCAGAAACGACGUUCGAUCCUCUCUAAACUUGCCAGAACUCCAAGUGCCCAAAUAGUUGCAUAGAAUGGGCGUUUUCUGACAAGACUUCAAGAACUAAUCACGAGACGUGGAUGUGUAUUUACAGGGACAAUGAUGUUGUUCAAAACGGGCAAGAAAUUGUUGGUGGGAUUCUUGAAAAACAGCUAAGUUUCGUUCAUGCUGAAGAGAGGGAAAUGCAGCCGAGUGAUUUGAUACAGAUGACACAGGAAAAGGGCAGCCAUGUCUUCAACGAAGGUGGAGAAGAGGCGCCUGGUGAGGUGACUGAACAGUUGCCGUUGGAUCCGGGAAUUUAUUGGGAUGUGAUUGCACAGCUGCCGUUGGAUCCGGCUUGUGGCAACAUGGAUUUGAAUGCUAAGCCUUUUGAGGAGUUAUUAAACGAGGAACCUGCAACUUCUGUCUGGGACUUGGCUUAUCCGGACAUGUAGGAGCCACCGGAAACUGCUUGCCGUACAGUACAGAUGGGAAAUUCUAGUUCAUAUAAACCGCCAAUGUGAACGAAUCACAUGAUAUGUGAAUUGCAUUUACACAUAUGAUUGAUUCGGUUCAAUCAAUCUUAAUUUAGAUAAAUUUUUUUCCAUAAAUUAGCAUAAUGAACCUGAUUUUCCUCUUUUUCUCUCGUCCUGUUGG